AUGGCUUGUGUAAAUGCAGUUUUUGUGGCAUCAUAUACAGAUACAGGCUUUACUACUGGAGAUUUGGAAGGCUCCAAGGAGCUUUAUGCUCUGGGUGGCUCUGUCCAAAAGACUGAGAUCAAGCUCCAAAAUUGGAUCAAGGCAAACUGGGACGUGUUUGCCGAUGAUUUCAAAAUAGCAACAGCCGUGCUGUCUAGACUCAAAGGACCUGUAGUGGGUCAAUACACCCAAGUUAGACUCCAAGAAUGCUACACCGCUGGUCACUGGCCUACCUGGGACAAUCUCAAAGUAGAGAUCAAAAAAUAUUUCAAACCCGAAGCUGAGCAUGACAGGGCACAUCAGCAAAUCUGUUCCUUCAAACAAGGAAAUAUGAGGACAGAUGACUUCAUAACCCAGUUCAUGGCCGUCUCCAUCCAAGGAGGUCUUGGAAAUGGAAAUGCUGUAGAAUUGUUAGAACACAAUGUGUCACAAGCCAUUGUACAACAACUCUAUCUGCAGGACAUGAGAAACAAGAAUCUCUUAGCAGCUGCAGAAGAGGUCCGCAUAAUCAGGAGAGCUCUGGAGCUUGACCAAAUGCAAUUCGGUGGCGGGUUCACCACCAAAAACAGUUAUUCCCAGAGGUGCCCUGGGUCAUCAAACCAAAAUCAAAGUCAUUCUCAUGGGUUUAAGCUGUUUGGGCUGCCAUAA